AUGCCGCAAAAUAGCAGCUCCGGGCCUCCUUCCCAGCGGCAUACAAACCUUGGCCAGAGUGCAUCUGCUCCCCCAUCGGAGAAUUCUCAACGCCCGGUAGCUUUUCGAUCGCCAGGAGAACACCAAACUUUCGUUUCAGAAGAGGGCUACGAGACGCUGGUAUUUACGGACCCCGUGGUUUUCAGAUGUUUAGAGGAAGACGCAUCGACGAUUCUGGUAGAGAGGCGCUCUAUCUUAGUGGGCUAUGUGACUUAUAUUGUUGAGCAAUGGGCCUGCUCCCGGGUGCAUCCGACAUUCGUUAUCAACACAUAUACCGGCGACCCGACCCACACCGUCGUUGCUGGAGUUCUAAAGGUCCCGAAAGACGAACAUCUCUGGUCCCCAAGGUUGAGAGUCUACUUCAAUACCAUAGCGCAAAGCCACACUAGGCGGCGAGAGACUCCACUCGGGAUCUUGAUGGUCACAAACCUGAGCAAUUUUCCUUCGACUCUUACCGUCAUCGAUGUCCCAGAAGGGGAUGUUAGAAAAUACCGAGAAGAUUUUGUGGUCAAUGAGAAUCUAAAGCGCCUUGGUUGCUCUGGAAGAGCAGGACUGAAUCUAAAACAACCAACUCCAGCAACUGAAGCAAAAUUUUAUCAGCUAUAUCGAACAAGCGAACGUGUGCCGUUCUUCGCUGCUGUCAUAGGGCUUGUUAAACUGUGCCAGAUGGCCCUGAGCGUGUUCGAUAAGUUGGCGGCAGAGUAUAUAGACGGUUUACUCUGUGACGUGACCGAACGCGCAAUCAACGAUUGGUGGAGCGACAUUGGGACCGAGCUUUUCAACAAUGAGCCAAAUGACGGAAUCCUCGGACCUACAACUGUUUCCGCGUUGCUUGGAUGUUUGAUGGGGGCAAGAAACCGCCUCCAUGCCUGGGGUGCGCCUGUUGCAAAAGAUGCUUUUGAUAUCGAGAGCUUGAAACGAGGAAUCGGCAGUUUCCAAAAAGCUCAAAAGCUUGAGAGAUCCAGACGAUUGGACAGGCAAACCCUGGAUAAGUUACAUAGAGUGACAGCUAAAGCUGCAAGCGGAGAAGGAUGGGCAGUCCCUCGAGCAGUCAAAUCCACGGUAGCAGAACUCGGGGGGAGGGGAGGGGAAAUGGUUAUAGGAAUGGUUGGAGGGCGUGAUAAAGCUGGCAUUUCCGAUAUUGAAACUUUGGAUAUGGAUCGAUUUGUUCAGCUUGUCAGCGGCGAGAGAUCUAAAUGGCUAUGGCAUGGGAAACCUCGAAAGUAUCACACCGAUCCGUUUCGACACGAUGCUGGAGACGAUGAAGUGGCAUUUCCUAAAGAUACGUGGGCAGCUAGAAGAAGGGAGACGGGCAGUGCUUUCACAUCAGCCCGCCCUUCUCUCGACACCGAACAGUCUUGGAAACACAUGGAAACUCCGACGAAUGUUGAUAGCAGGGAUCAACAGUUAAAACAUGCCUUCAAGAAGUCGGUUAGCGGUAAAGUCUCGGAUGCUCGUGCGGGACUCGGUCGAUUCAGAGAUGCUGUCGGAUUGCCAGGCCUUCGCUCGCACCAGCACCAUCACAAUCACCCUAAACCUUUCAAGGAUGCCGUUGAUGCCGAUGCUAAUUUGUCAUAUCAACGUGCGGCAGAUGAAGGACCCGUGUAUCCGGGGACGAAGAGCGAAAUUCCAGGAAGUUCAGUUGUUAGUAAAGAGAAGUUUGAGCCGUUGUCAAACCCCCUUGAGCAUAUACCUACGAGCGAACCCAUCGCCCAUACCAUAGAUAUCCGACGUCAAUCGUCUCAGGAGAGCGACCAAUCCCAGAAGGAAUUAGACCCUAAUAGCGCAAGUACGGAGCCACACGAGUCAACAGGCGUGAUUGAUGAAAUUUUGCAAAAACCAGAUUGUGUCGAUGAGCCGAUCAGAGUCACUCGAAUACUCCGCCGACCUCUCAGUCUCUCCUUAUUUCCCGUCGAGAAUGCACCAUCAAUGUUCCGAGGGCGUUCUUGUCGACAUUUGUCUUUCAGUGCAGUUGAAGAAUCGAUACUUCCUUGGAAAAGCAGUGUUAAUUUUAGCCCAGCCGAUUUCAAAUCGGAUGCAAUCUUAGCAACUAGGAUUCUCUAUGAGGAUAUGCAAACGGAAGAUGAAAGGAUGCUCGCUUCCAAGAUCGCCGAUCUGGAUAUGAACACGAGCUGCUGGGUCGAGAGGCAAGUCGUUGCAGUUGAGAGUCUCGAAGCCACCGCGAAUUCCCGUUUGAAAGAGUUGGAUUCUGCUUACAUAGAAAAGCAAGCGGAGUAUCAGGCGUUGGAAGAAAACUCGACUGCUUUUAUUUCAAAGGAAAAUCGGGAUUUGGUCGAGCGGUCUAAGAAACUUGAGAAUCUAGGCGCCAAACUUGAUUACGAAUUGCACUCGCUGCAAUCGAGGGUGGAAGAGGUCGAGAACGGGCUUGUUGAUUAUGAACACCACAUCCGGGGCUUAGAAAGUCGACUAAAGGAGCUGCUCAAGGUCGAGAAGAAGUCAGGCAUUUCAUGGAUGGAAUGGGGCCAACGGUUUUUAACCCGCGGAACAUAA